AAUUGUAUUUAUUUAUUUACUCCACUGCGACUUCCCGUGGCAUUAGGUUUAUAAAUUAUAGCUAUAUUCCUCCACCACUUGUAAGACUAUUGUGAGGUUGUGAACAAACGAUACAUGAUAUCUUAUCCGGAUAGAGCUUUGAAACAACUGUUUCAUAUCAGCACUACAUCACCUUGCUACUCUGUAAAAACCUUGAAUGGCAUCUUCCCAUCUCCACACAACUCAUUUCCGAUCUAUCCAAUUUUCUAGGCCAUCAUCAUGCCUUCCUCCUCACUCCAAUACUCAGAUGAUCACAUCAAUUCCAUUUCCUACUCCACAAUAUCUAUACAACCACAGCCACAGCUCCCGCAUCCCCUUAAGCACCACUGUUCCCGGCAAAGCUACAUCCACAUCCAUCCACUCCUCACUUUCUUCCCCUAACCCACCUAUCUCAAAGGAGGAGGCCAUACUUCAGGCCAAAACAUCCCUUUCAAUAACUUUAGAGAAGCCACUCAACAAUCCCAAACUGAUAGGCAAAUUCAAGAAACUAAGGCAACCCAAGUUCCGAGUUGAAAUUCCAGUCAUUGAUGACUCACCAGAUUCUCUGUCCCAACUUGCUCUUGAUUUUUUUGGGGACAUACCCAUCAAAAGAAAAGGUUCUUUCAUUAAAAUCUUAAUCAUGUGGCCUGAUGCUAGCUUAAAAGAAUCUGCCACUGUUGCCUUUCAGUCUCAUUCAACUGUUGAACAUAUUGACAUUCCUUCAGUGGCCAAAACAGACCCCAGAAUCUUGAACUCUGCGGAUGUGGCAAUAUUCUUGGCGCCACUAAGUUCCCAAUUGGCACUGGUGAAAAGAGUAAGCGAUGCCUUUUAUCCAAAGCCGGUGGUUUUGUUUAAUCCAAAAUGGGCAUUUGAGGAAGAGAACAACUUUGGUGAUCUGAGUGGCUUUGUGGGUUCUUUUGAAGUGGUUUAUUCUUUUAUUGGGUUGGAGGUGAGAGGGAUCUUGAGCAAGAGAAAAGGGGUGGUUUUUAAGUGUGUGAGAGAUGGGGUUGUGAGUGGAGAGAGAUGGAAUGUUUUUGUAGAAGAAGGAGAAGAGAUGAAGGUGGUUUCCUCAUUCAAGGCCAGGCCAACUAUUGGUGAAGUUGAGAAUGUAUUGUACAAUCUAAUGGCUAUCAAUUCCCCCAUAACCAAGUCUGCUAGGUUCAUCAAGGGAUUGGUAUCCAAUGUGACAGGGAAAGAGUAAGUGGGGCUGAAGCAUUGAUCUUCACUCUUCAGCAUCACUGAUUCACAUGCAUUGUAGAGAGAACAUGUUUGUGAACAUGUCUCAGUGAUUGUAGAUGCACUGACCACUGUAUGAUGUAAACAUGUAUUAACACUCACCAAUUUUGAAUGAGAAAUUGAGGAUCCAGAUUACUUUUAAGUUA